CCGCCACAGCGACACCUAGUGGCGGAUAGCGCAGACAGACCGGAAGUGGGAACCUGCACGCUUGUUGACAGGGAGUUUAUUGAGAAGUCUUUUGUUACGUUUCGCUGACUUGAAACGGGUACAAUUGAUGGCACAAUGCAGUGACAGAGGAGGAAGAGGAGGCAGAGGGGGCAGAGGAAGGAGAGGAAAUCGUUGUGCGGAGGACAGAGAUGUACGCCUGUCUAAAUCCAUGUCUUAUGCUCUCCGCCAUGGGGCCAACCAAAUGGGUCUUCAGAUGGGUACAGAUGGCUUCCUGCUUGUGGAGGAACUCCUGGCCCACCCGCAGUUCCGCUCAUACUCUCUGGAAGACGUCGAAAGAGUUGUGGCCAUAAAUGACAAGCAGCGCUUUAAGCUUCGCCCCCACCCGGAGGAUGGCCGCCUGCAGAUUCGAGCCAGUCAGGGCCAUUCAAUACAGGUAAUGGAUUUGGAGCUGAAACCGGUCCUGGCCGGUUCUCCAGACUGCCCUGCCGAGGCUGUUCAUGGCUCCUACCUCCGCAACUGGAACUCCAUCCAGCAGCAGGGCCUGAACCGCAUGAAGAGGACACACAUCCACCUGGCGCCAGGCCUGCCAGGAGAGGAUGGUGUCAUCAGCGGCAUGAGGAAAGACUGUGAUCUAGCUGUGUACAUUGAUGUCCCCAAGGCUCUUGCUGAUGGUAUUGAGUUCUUCUGGUCAGAAAACGGUGUGUUGCUGACUGCAGGCAACGCGGAGGGAAAACUUCUCCCUAAAUACUUUAGCCGAGCUUUAAGACUGAGACCUACAAGGAGCAUCCUGCCACUGCAGUAGCAGCAAAGGACGCUGUUCUCUGAUUGGUCAUAGCAGGACUCAUGUGACUGUGCUAACAUCCCAUGGCUGGUUGAUGCUUAUCCAAGUUGGUUCCCUUGGUAACUCUUGUCAUUUGGCAGGAGCAUCUCAGUAUGGGAGAUGUGGUCAGCAAUAGGAACUAAACUGGUAAACUUCUCAUUUUUUGUGUCAUCAUUGAAAUAACUGGUAUGGCUUUAGAGGAGCUCACUUUAUGUUUACAUGACAAUUCAAGCAUGUCAUGAUGGCAAAUGUUGCUUUUUAUUUAUGAGUUUAGGGAUCUUGUUUUCUCUGUUGCAUUGUUAGUGUUAAAUAAACUAUGGCACACAUUGCCUACGAGAGGUAAUUUCACCAAGCAGUUGUAAAACCCAUAAAACCCUGGUUUCAAACGGACACACUGACUGCUGGCAGCAACCAGCAGGCCUAUAAAUGAAGGAACCUUUAAGGACAAAA